CUUUAUUAGUCAGACUGUCACAUUCAGGCGGGAGAUUCGGAAAUACAGUAGCUCUUUCGGUUUGAGUAGCCUACUCUCCAGUACAGAAAUAUACAAAUUAUUCCAGACUUCUCUGCCGGUUACAGAACGAAUUAAUGGAGCCGCUGGACUUUGUGACGAGAUCCACUGAAGAGUUGCUGUUUUUUCUCCACCGAAAAAAGACGGAGAUUUCGUGCAUCGAGCAUCCGCACAGAUUCCUCACUCAGCUGCGCGAUCACGACCUGGUUCCGGAGAAACUCUUUGAGAAUGUGAAAAAGAAGCGUUCUCGUGAGCAGAAGGAGAAGAUCGUCUAUGAGGUUCUGGACUGGGUGGAGAAAAAUAAACCACAGUACAUACAUCAGUUCUGGCGCUGCGUGUUUGAAGACCAUAUCCUGAAGUUCUACCCGCCACUAUGCAUGCUUAGAAAAAUACUGCUGGACGGCACUUUCAAAUUUGAUGAGAAACAUCCGAAUGUUGAGACACCAGAAGAGGAGGAAGAGAGUAAAGGAAAGGCAGAGAAAGGGAAGGAGAAGAGCUACAAAAGAAAGAGAAGUAAAGAUGAUAGAAGUAGUGAGGAUAAUGAUGAUCCUGAUCCUUCCUCUGCUUCCACACCCAGUCGUAAGAAACCAGGCAAAAAACCCUCAUUCUCGUCUCUUGUGAAGAAAGGAGACAAGCAGGAGAUUUGGAAGUGGCCUAUUUAUAAAACUCAGCUGCCUGUAACCUGUGGGGAUAAAGAAGGCACUCUCUAUCGGGACAAAAUGUCCAGAGGGGAAAAGUGUAUUUUGUCUCAAGAACGAUGGUUCACCCCAAAUGAUUUUGAAAAGUUUGCGGGUAAGGAAAAGUGCAAAAACUGGAAACUCAGCAUCUGCUGCAGAAACACACCGCUUAAGAAACUCAUUGAGGAGGAGCAUCUACAGUGUCCACCGAUGGAGAUAAAAAAGAGAACAUGUGUGCAAAAAAACAUGAAUAAGUUGUUUCCUGUCAGCUCAUCUGAGAGCUCCAAUGAAGACUCAGAAAAAAGCGCAGGUUCGAUGGAAGAAAGUGAUGCUGAAGGUUUCCAGGAACAGGGAGGGAAAGAAGAAGGAACAGAGUUUAGAGGGAGAGUUGAGGAGGAGGAAGAAGACAUGGCAGAUCUGUCUGUUUUCCAGGCUCCUUUUUUACCAGUCACCUGUGUUUCACUUACUGGGACUUUAUACAAAUACAGGUUUGCAACAGGGAUAUUUGGGAAGUGUAUACGCACUGAGGAAAGAUGGUUCACUCCGGAGGAAUUUGUAAAGCAGGAACCGACUCUCACAGAUGGACACUGGAAGAAAGAUAUACUGUGCCAUGGAAAAACGCUCAACCUUUUAAUCAAGAAAAAAAUCCUGUGCAAACAUUUACCUCUGUGUGAAUGUCAGAAUUGCACCAUUAAAAAGGAAGACCUGAUGGCACAGAACAAUGAUGACGAGUGUUACGUGUGUGACUCUGAGGAAGAUCUCGUGUGUUGUGAUAAGUGUCCACGAGCUUUUCAUUCUCACUGUCACCUACCAGCUGUACAUGGAGACUCACCUGGGGAAUGGAUUUGUACCUUUUGCGUGUUAAGAACCAGCCAACAAUGGCGUGACUCUAGAAACAUGUCUGAACAAGAGGCUUUCUAUGCCCCAGUGUCUCAAUACAGAUUGCACUGCCACUACCUCCUGUUAUGUGUGUACAGAGAGGACAUCCAGAAGGUGUUUUUUGAGGAUCCACGGCAAACGGUGCCUAGAUACUCUGAGUUCAUAUCUCAGCCGAUGUGGCUGGACAGAAUAAAGCAGAAAUUGGAAAGUGGAGAGUAUCAGACGAUAGGAGCAUUCGUCUCAGACUUUCAGCUAAUUUUCAGCAACUGCAGAACGUUCAAUAGGGACAAUGUUUUUGGUCAAAUGGGGGCCAGGCUGAAGAAAAUGUUCAAGGAAGAGUUCAAGAAAAUUUUCUGUAUCGGAUAACAAGUUUUUUAAAGAUACAAUUGAGAUCUGGAUAUUUUUCAAUAUUCAUAAGAGUUCAUU